AUGGAUCUGGGCACGAUGGCAGAAGCUCAGGAGCAGCCGACAGAUCACACUAAUAAGAUCCAGCCUUCUUCACCACUUACCCCAGCAGAUACGCUUGGGGAGAGUCCACAAGAUGCGCACAGGCCGGUCGAAUGCUCGUGUGACUCCAAGCAUACUGCGCACAUUUCCGACGCACCCUCCAACGUCGACUACGGCAUCCCGACAAGCACCACCGACUCCUCGUUCGGCUGGAAGUAUACAUAUGAGUCUGCCCAGCCGUCGCAACCCAGCAAUCGCCAUUGCGAAGGACGACCAUGGAGAACCACGCUUUUCCGCUUCGGUCCGCUUACUGGGCUCCUUGCCAUGCUCCUGGCGCUGGCGAGUAUGGUCGCUUCGUCGGGGGUCCUUGUCGGUUCGCACGGCGCGGACACUCGGUCGUGGACGGCGCCUCCCGCAACGUACCUUGCGGUGUUGACGGCGGUGGCGAAUUUGUGUGUGAGGUAUGCUUGCUUGCAAGCCGCGUACUUCGACUACGCCGUCUCCCUCAACGUCUCCAUGGGCAGCCAACUGCCCACGAACUGGGACCACGCCGGCUGGCAGCGCGCACCGUUGUCGGACACCGUCAGCCACUGGAGCCAAGUCUUCAACGACACCGUGCCUAUCGGCGGCAAUCGCACUGCUCCGAACAACCUUUGGCCCUUACCCUCUGUGAAGAGCCCUGAGCUGUACAGAGACUUGACUGCUCUGGUGCGCUCGAAUGCUCCGCUUUCGGGGAUAAAUGGCUGUCCGCAGACGUGCAAAGCUGUGAUCCGCGCCCCGGCGUUGACGCCUAGCAUCUGCACCACGAACGAGUAUCCCGUCGACUAUCGGCUCACGGCUGUGAGAAACACGACGUUGCUCGGCUGGCUGGCGCCACCGCUCAAAGCGCAAGCGUUCCAGAUCGCCGUGGGCCUCGUCGAGCCGGACGAUGGAGGCCAGGAGAGCAUACGCCUCGUAACCGCUUUUUACGACGGGGAAGACUGCAGUGGCAUCCUGCACCAGACAGCUUGCACACUCGUCUCCGCGACCGCAGACUACAACAUCACGAUCCGCGACGGCACCGCCACCCUCGACGACCCGGGACAUCCACACCUCGUCGCCCGCGCACACAACGCGCCCGUCGACCUCAGCAUCGACCCCGCGAUCGCCGGCCACCCUUCCACGCUGGCUAGCGUCAUGACCCAGGCCUGGCUCAAAUGGGAGGGCGGCGUGGCGGUCGUGGGCGACGACCGCCGGCGUCUCGCGCAGUACAUCCAGGGUCAGUCGCCGGAUACGUAUCGCACGUAUGGCGAACAGCUGUGUCCGAGGUACCGGGACCCGCGCGCUGAUGUGGUGGCGGAUCUGAAUAGGAUGAUGGUCUGGGCGGGCAUGGUCGCGGCGUAUCAGGAGGAGCCGUACAGGUCGGUGUUGGAGUCGAGGAUGGAUCCCGGCGAGUAUCUCGAGAGUGCUGUGACGGGACAGAGGAUCGGAGAUCACAGCGUCUACUCCGCCGAUUGGGCGUAUCUAAUCGCUGCUGUGGUCGUGGCCGUCCUAUGCGUCGCAACCAUCGCUCCGAUAUACUGGGGCUGGUGGACCCUCGGGCGACCAGUUUCGUUUUCGCCACUGGAGAUCGCAAAGGCGUUCGAAGCACCUCUCCUCGAACCCAACGGAUCGAACUGCUCUGAUCGCGACCUCGCUCGUGACGCCGAGGGACGAGCAAUUCGAUACGGAGCCCGCAGCAACCUGUUCGUCAACGGGAAGACGAAGUUGUCGUUCGCUGAUCCGCAGUACGUUGCUAAGCCGGUGUUUGGCUCGCGGUUCGCUUGA